GUGGUGAUCAGUCAGCUCGAAGGGAUCCUCACCCUUGAAACGCCUCAAAGAGGAAACGAAUGACCUCGUCGGGGACAUAAGCUCGACAGAACGAGCCAGAACACGGAUAAUGACCAAGAAAACGUCCACGGUAACCUUAGUAAGCUGUAUUGAAGUGGCGGCUACUAUAUAAGUAACACUGUAACGGAUCUUGUAUUCAGUUAGACACGCGCGAGAGAAAUAACUAGAUGUUGUGGAUUCAGUAUUGUAUUCGUAAGAAUUUUAGGUAAAUAUGAACGUAAUAAUCUUGCUUAUGGCCAUGAUAGGAUUAUGCGUGGCCGCUCCACAAUACUAUAUUCCCUCGGAAUUCGUGUAUCAACAUCCGGCAAAUGUAUUGAAUUCAGCAAUCGAAGACACCUUGCCAAACGAAUUACGAAAUAACUUUUACAAAAACCCACGAAUCGCUGCCCGUCUCGCGAAGGAAUCAUGGUUUUUCAAUAAAGAGAUGCAGGUAAUCGAUCGUGAAACGGAUAAAAUUCCACGAGAGAAAGUAUAUAAUGUUCUCCACAAUGCAGGAUUUGUGCGAAAAUAAAAUUAGAAUAAUAAAAAAUUUGUAA